UCGUGAAUAUUGUCGACGAUCGUGUACUUUGUGAGUGAUGUCAGUGGAUGACGCCGCAGCCGGCCGAGGUAGCUCAUGUUGAUACACUGCUGACACGAGACCCGUGCACUCGCAUGCGGCACGUUACAUACGAGUUAGUUACAGUUAGACAACUUAUUGAGUUUUCAGUACUACGAAAUUGCAUUUACUUUUUCUAAGUAAACAGCAGUGUUGAAAGGUAGUACUAGUUAACCAAAUGUUGUUCCUCGAAGUUUGCUAAAAGAAAAUUUCGCUCAACAAACGGGUUGUUAGUUUAGUUUAUUAAAUUGAACAUUUGAGGAGACGCAUUAGAGACAUAAGUGAAUGAAAAACUCUUGAACAACUUUUCGGAUUCGCCGGCAAGUUUGCAGCGGACUUUUAAGUGUUACUUACGACUAAUUUGGGAAUCGCAAGAACUUCUUAAAAGGACCUAAAAGCAGUGCAAUAUCGGCCAAUAAAUGCCACAACACCAAUACUCUGUUCACGAGUAAUGGGGUGCCCGAAGUGCGGAAAGAUGGCGCGCAUAGAAAGGAGAUAUUAAGUUAAGAUGGCCGUCGCGCGCGCGGUCCUUGUCCUCCUAGCGUCCACGGCUCAAGCCUGGAUGCCGGACGCUAACGCACGCAUACAUAUCAAAGGCGAUGAAACUUCAGAACAAUUUUUGGGCAACGCGACGGCGCCUGACCACUUCCGUAUUUUAGACAAAGAUGACUUCUCCAUUAUAGUUGGCGGCAGGAACACGGUGUACAAUCUCAGUCUCUACGAUCUCUCAGAAAAUGUAGAACAGCGGUUGGAGUGGCAAUCAACAGACGCACACAGGGAGCUUUGCCAAUUAAAGGGCAAGUCUGCUGACGAAUGUCAGAAUUAUCCAAGAGUAGCGGCGCGGUCGCACGGGCGGCUGCUAGUCUGUGGCACCAAUGCAUUCAAACCGUUAUGUCGGCGGUACGCGAGGCACCCACCUAACCAUCACCUAGAAGAAAUCGACGGCUCAGGCCGUUGUCCUUAUGAUCCACAACAUAACUCUACUGCAAUCUUUGUCGAUGGUCAAUUGUAUACGGCAACGGCAGCCGACUUUUCGGGAACCGAUCCUCUGAUUUAUCGCGAACCUGUCCGAACUGAACGCUCGGAUCUACGAUUACUCAAUGAUCCUUCGUUUGUGGGAGCUGUGGCUUCUACCAGCCAUGUUUACUUUUUCUACCGUGAAACUGCUGUUGAAUUUAUGAACUGCGGAAAGGCAGUGUACUCGAGAGUAGCAAGGAUCUGCCUAAACGAUAAAGGAGGUCCCCACACGUUUAGCGACCGAUGGACUUCUUUUUUGAAAACCCGUCUAAAUUGUUCCAUGCCCGGAGAGUACCCGUUUUAUUUCGAUGAAAUCCAGGCAACUACUGAGCUAAUAAACGGCAUGUAUGGCAAAAGCAGUAGCAAAAACGAUAUAAUUUAUGCAGUAUUCACUACACCACAAAAUGCAAUUGGAGGAUCAGCCGUUUGCGCUUUUGCCAUGAGGGAUAUUAUAGACGCUUUUGAAGGAUCAUUUAAAGGACAAGAAAGUAUGAAUUCUAACUGGCUUCCACUGGAAAAAGAAAAAAUACCGGAGAAUAGACCAGGAUCCUGUGUAGAAGACAGCAGAACUCUGUCAGAUUCGGCGGUCAAUUUUAUAAAAACUCACCCGCUGAUGGAUAAAGCUGUUCCAUCAUUCUUAGCGCGGCCAGUUCUCAUUAGAGUUAGUUUACAAUAUAGAUUUUCGUCUAUCGCGGUGCAUCCCCAAGUGCAAGCGAUGAAUGGAAACAAGUAUGACGUCAUGUACAUCGGUACGGAUGACGGGAGAGUUAUUAAAGCUGUAAAUGUAGCAGCAAACGAAGGCGACUUCGAUGCCAGUGUAGAUGAAUAUAGUAGGAACCCUGUUCGAACAGCUGUGAUUUCAGAAGUGCAAGUAUUACCUCAAGGAGUGCCUAUCAAACAAAUGCAUGUUGCAUUAACUACAGAAAAGUUAAUCGUUGCUUCUGGCGACAUUAUAAAAGCAGUAACUCUGUCUCAUUGUGGAAACGUGCUAUCGUGCAGGGAUUGUGUAGCACUGCAAGAUCCACACUGUGCAUGGGAUUCCAAGCAGCAAGUAUGUUCUUGGGUUGGAAACAGGCAAUUUCCUAAUCCUGAGAGGUUUCUACAGAAUGUAGAACAUGGAAAGACUGAUAUAUGUAAUAAGUUGCCAGCGCUCUUGCCGGGAGAUAGACAUAGCAAUAGAAAUCCAGGCACUAAGAAACCGACGCAAUCGGAAUCGGAAAUGCGUCAAAAAACUGAUGACAUUCAAAACGAAAUAUUAAUAGAAGUCGUGGAGACUAAUGUCUUGUCGGAAGACAAAACUACUCAUAACAACAAUCACGAGACAGAUUUGCUGACUGUAGAGGCCGCUGACGGCAACAUUUACAGUGCACAAGCUUUGCUCACCGCCGUCGUAGCGUCCUGCCUCGUCACGCUAAUGGUCGGAUUCGUUAUUGGCUAUCUUUUCUCACGGCGAUUUCGACACCCGUUUUUUACCGAUACCUCACCCUUCAAUGAACAACACAAUCAUUUGAACAGAUUAAGCCCGCUGGAAACGCCAUUGAAUGCUAACACUGCGUACAUGCCUCGAUCGAAAAAUGUAAACAUGGUGGCGAAUGUGUGUCCGAAACAGGACAACUUGCACAUGGAGCUCGGCAAGGAACGCACGCUAGACCUACGAAACUCUACCGAAUCCCUAGACAAGGAUCUCAAGUGCGGCACUUUACAAAAGGUUAAAAAGACUUAUAUUUGAAAAUUACCUAAACAAACCGUGUAUGGAUCCAUUGAAAAGUGAUUGAGACGAUAGUAUCGCGUCGCGUGUGCCAAGUCUUCCGAAAACGUUCGGUACGACAGUGUUAAUGUGAUCGACUAUGAUUUGUGUAAAAAUGUCUCGUGUCCUGUCUGUGUACAGUUAUUUCUUAUUGUUAAUGUUGUUAUUUACUCAUGUAAAGAACGGUGAAUAUUGCAUUUAAGAAAUGAGAUAUCAGAAUGACUGUAAACAUUUAGUGAGUUUGUGUAACUAAAUCUAUUAUCAGAAUUAUGUAAAUGUUGUUUUUAGAUGAAAUCAUAUAAUGAUAUCGAUAACUUAUAAAUGAAAAAGGAUCGUUACGUCUAUCAUAAAUAUGAAAGGACAACAACAAAUCAGACUGAUAGGACUCAUUUAUUAUACACCGAUUGUAAAUAUUCGUAGUUAAUGUUUAGUUAGGAACAGUUUUUGUCACAUUCCAUAAUCCUAAUUAUGUAGGAGAUAAUAUCAAGGUGCAGCUAUAAUUGUAAAUAUAAUUACGUAAAUAAUGUAUAUAGCGUUGUAUUGUUACUAGUAUCUAUCGCCAAACAGGCUCAAGGAGAUCGAGCUUGACAUGGUCAGCUCAUGAGUUAAGAGAAAUUACAUUGAUAUUUCAAAUGUAAUUAAUAUUAUUGAAUAGCAGUUGACUUAGUAUGUAUUUUAAUUUCGUUAGGCACAUUCAUUUGCAGAAAUAUCGUACACUAGCUUAUUUACAUUUUUUUCAUAAAUGCGUCCUUUUGUAUGAUGAAACACAUCCCGAGGGUGUCCAUUAGCCAAGUUCGCUGUUUUAUAUUACUAAUGACCCCUUAUCGUCGUGUCCGUGGAACCAGUUGCUACCUACCGGACUGACGAUGAUUACAGCUAUAUAUUACGACUGUAUAAUGGCUGACUUAUGUUAUUUACAAGAGGACAUAUUCUUUAAUAUCGAUCGACUUCUUUAGAUCGAUAGUUAAUUUAACAACCGCAAAAUAGUGUUACGAGUUGUAGUAAAAUAAUGGAGUUCUAAAUUUCUGUUACAAUAUUUAAAGUCAUAAUAUAAUUAUUAUAGCAUAUAUUGCUGUGCUAAGUGCAUAGUGCCUUGUAGGUUGCCAAUUUAGUGCCUAAUGUUAUGUAGGAUACAUCGGGACAAAGAAAAUUAUUUAUUUAUUUGUAAAUGUAAUAUAUUAUAAAACAGGCUUAUUUCGGUCUCAAUUGUAAUGUGUGUACCUACUAAUGUCAACCAAAUGAGCUUGACUAGCGUAGCCUAUGCAGAUUUGUGUUUAUAUAUAUGACGGACUUACUUUAAUAGCACUUUUUAUCUAUAAAUUUGACCUACAGUAUUGAUGUGGAUUAAAAUACUUAUUAGGCUGAAAUAACCACCAGACAUCUAAAAAUGAGCUAGUAUUCCCACCGUGAAACAAUCAAAGUCUCUUUAUGUUAAGCAAAAAUUAAAAACUAUCUAUUUCUGUACAUACAAGUAAAUAAGCAGUAGAGGGUAUGAAUAUACUAAGUGAUUUAUCUAUGUAUGUAUAAAAAAGUGAGUAAGUAACCCAAAAUGUUUCCUUUGAAAAUGAUAUUUUAGUGGGUAUUAUAUUAGAUUUAAUAAUGAGGUCAUAGAUUUCUUGAUCAUUUAUGUUAAUAAAUGCUCAUGUUGAAUAAUAUCAAAUACAUAUAUACCUACUGUAAUGUCAUCAAUAUUCAUAAUAACUCACUCAAAAAUAUGUUUUAUUUAUAUUUUUUAUAUCAUAAUGCUGGCAAUUAUAUAAAUUUCAGUACUAGAAGAGAAAAUAUAAGAAUUAAAGCAUUUAAA